GGUGUUUGUCAAAGAAAGUCAACUUUUUCAGAAAUUAUAGAUUUUUGGAUGGAUUUUUUUAAUAAAUAAAACAAAAAUAUGGUUUACAACAGUUUAGAAAAUGAUAGCGGGUCUGGCUCGGAUUCCGAUUCUAGUGGCAGUCGUAGCCACAGUUCCAGUCGUAGCAGAAGCAAUACUCCAGAAAAUGCAAAAGCAGGGUCUGGCAGCGGCAGUGAUCGUUCACGUUCUGGCUCACCAGCCGGCUCGGCAUCGGGCCGCUCUAGGUCUAACUCUAGAUCAAAAUCUCGUUCACGUUCGGGUAGUGCUCAUAGUAAGCAUUCGGGUUCAGCAAGUCCUCGAAAAUCUCGCUCUAGGUCCGGCUCAGCACACAGUAAUCGUUCGGGUUCAGCUGGUAGUCAUCAUUCUAAUGCUUCUAAAGUUUCAGAGGCAAGUCAUCAUUCGAAUGUCUCUAAAAGAUCAGGAUCGGCAGUAAGCCAUCAUUCAAAUGCUUCUAAAAGAUCGGGUUCGGCAGUAAGCCAUCAUUCUAAUGCUUCUAAACACUCAGAAUCGGCAGUAAGCCAUCACUCUAAUGCUUCUAAACGCUCGGAAUCGGCAGCAAGCCAUCAUUCCAAAAGAUCGGGAUCGGUGGCUAGCCAUCAUUCUAAUAACUCAAAAAGGUCUGGCUCGGUAGCAAGUCAUCAUUCUAAUAACUCGAAAAGAUCUGGAUCGGUCGCAAGCCAUCAUUCGAAUGCCUCUAAAAGAUCUGGAUCGGCAGCAAGCCAUCAUUCUAAACGUUCUGGCAGCCGUACUCCGGCCGCUUCUCCCAAAGCAGCAGCAGCUGCUGCUGUCGUCGGAGCAAAAGGUAAUGAGGAAGAGUCAAGAUCGCAAUCACCAAAUUUACAAAUAGAUGAUCGGGCUGCAUCACGAAGCAGAAGUCGUUCUAAAUCGGGAACACCGCGUAAAUCUCGUUCCCGUAGCGGUUCUUCUCGUUCAGGCAGUAGGUCACGUUCUGGUACCCGCAGUCGUUCGGGUACGCCACACUCACGCAAAUCGGGCAGUGGUUCAGAGUCGGGCAGUGAUUUUGGCGGGGGAAAGGCCAAAAAGAAACGUAAAGCUGUAUCCAGUGGCUCAGAGGAUGAGGACAAGGAAUCACCCUCUAAAAACAAAAAGUCACGUAUUAUUGACUCGGAUAGUGGCAGCGAACAGGAGAAUAACACGAAUAAAAUUGAUGCCCAGGAUAUUUUCGGUGAUGCUGACGACAUUAGUCUCUCAGAAGAUGAGGGGGAUGAUGAGGCAGAUAAAAAGAAGUCGGACAGUGGUUCGGAAAAGGGUUCCACAAAGUCACGGUCCAAAUCGCGUUCUAGAUCCCGAUCCUCGUCACGUGCUUCUGGCAGAUCACGUUCCAGAUCCAGAACUCGAUCACGCUCUAGAUCGAGAUCACGUUCACGUUCUGCUGAAAGGGUAGGACAGCCCAGAGAGGAUGAACCAGAACCUGUGCCCGAAACUCGUAUCGAUGUAGAGAUACCACGUAUUGUUACCGAUUUGGGCCGCGAAAUACAUUUCGUUAAGUUGCCCAAUUUCUUGUCUGUCGAUACCAGACCCUUCGAUCACGAAACCUAUGAAGAUGAAAUCGAUGAAGAGGAAACCAUGGACGAAGAGGGUAGACAACGUGUCAAAUUGAAGGUCAGUAAUACCUUGCGUUGGCGUGAAUACAUGAACAAUAAUGGUGACAUGGUUAAAGAGUCAAAUUCUCGUUUUGUGCGCUGGUCCGAUGGCAGUAUGUCUCUGCACUUGGGUAAUGAAAUAUUCGAUGUCUUCAAGCAGCCGCUACACGGUGACCACAAUCACAUGUUCAUACGUCAAGGUACCGGUCUGCAAGGUCAAGCUGUUUUCCGCACAAAACUCACCUUCCGUCCUCACUCGACGGAAUCGUUCACUCACAAGAAGAUGACCAUGUCUUUGGCUGAUCGUUCGACCAAAGUUUCGGGCAUUAAGAUUCUUACACAGGUGGGCAAAGAUCCCAAUGUGGAUCGUAUGUACAAUCUUAAGAAGGAAGAAGAGAAACUUAGGCAAGCCAUGCGCGAUCAACACAAGCCGCAGCCUAAAAAGAAAAAGGGUCACAGUGCCCUUGGCGGUGGAGCACAUGGUGCAUAUCAUCACGAUGAGGGCAGUGAAGAUGAAAAUGUCAUUUCAUUGAGUGCUAUUAAGAACAAGUACAAAAAAGGCUCUACAGCGGCAGCUGGUGGGGGAGGAGAUCAAAAAGCUUCGGGUAUUUAUUCCUCGGACGAAGAUGAUGGUUCCGAUUUUGAGGGUAGACGCAGCAAGAAACAUAUGGAUAAAAACAAAGUGGUUAAGGCGUUACGCGACUCUGAUUCAGAGUCGGAUGUUGAACGUGGCACCGACAAGGGUUCACACAGCGAACAUAGCGACAGUGGCGAUGACAGUGGUGGGGGCAAAAGUGGCGGUGGUGCUGCAAGUGGUAGCGGCAGUGGCUCUGGCAGUGAUGACGAGUAAGAAGUGUAAGAAAUUCACUUUUUUUUAAGUAUGUAUUUUAAAUUGGUUUCUUUAACAUUAUGUUGACUGCAAAUAUGAGUACUAAUUACUUGUUUACAAAAAUAAAAGAAAUUGACAAUGUAAGAUUUA